UAUCUGCUUGCACAUGAAGCUAAGCAGUCUUUUUCUUGUCCAAUUCUUCUUUUUCUGUUCUCUUAGCUUUCAUCUUUCUUGACUUUAAGUGAUCACUCAAGAACCAGACCCCUCUUUCCUGCUCAGCCCUCUCCCCCUCCCCCGGAAAACACAACCCCAAAAGAAAAGAUAGCAAUUACACUAAUCAAUUAGUUGCUACUACUGCACCUUAUAGAACUUCACAAAAACAAGUCUCUUUCUUGAACUUCCAUGCACAUGUACUAUAGCAAAGCUUCACAAGAACAAUACAGAGUGAAUCAAGCUAGCUGAUCAAACCUUCUUUUUUUUUUUUAAAUAAAAAAAAAAGAGAAAAUGGGCACGGUGAGAAAGCUUAUAGUAGAAGUAAUUGACGCACGAAACCUCCUUCCCAAGGACGGCCAUGGCACUUCAAGUCCUUAUGUAGUUGCGGAUUUCUAUGGCCAGCGAAGGAAGACGAGAACUGUGAUCCGUGAUCUGAACCCCAUAUGGAAUGAAAUGCUGGAAUUCAACGUCGGAAAACCCUCCGAUGUUUUCGGUGACAUGCUGGAACUUGACGUGUUUCAUGACAAGUUCAUUGGCCCUACAACGAGGAAUAACUUCCUCGGAAGGGUGAAGUUGAGCGCCAGGCAGUUUGUGAAGAAAGGUGAAGAAGCUUUGAUUUAUUACCCUUUGGAGAAGAAAUAUUGGUUCAGUUGGAUUUCCGGUGAAAUCGGUUUGAAAAUUUAUUUCUCCGAAGAAGUUGUUCCUCCGCCAGCUCCACCACCACCGCCACAAGAAGAAAUCAAAGCUGACGCCGAGCCAGCACCACCGGCUGAGUCUACUCCGCCGCCAUCAGAAGCUGCGCCACCUGCUGAAGCACCGGCGCCCGCACCCGAAGGUGAGAAGCCAAAUAUAGAGGAGCCACCAGUGAAGCCACCAGCGCCACCGGCUGAAGAAGAGGCGCCACCACAGGAAAAUUCUGCUACUCCAGAAUUUGAGUUUGAUAAAGAAGGGAGUGGUGUUCUAAUGGAUCCACCAGCGGAGCUUCCAGUACAAUCGGAUGAUUUUGAACACAUGAAAAGAUCUGUAUCAUUAGGAUCUGUACCUCAAGUUAAACUAACUAACAUUACUGGUCCUAGGCCAAUUAGUCGUGCUUCAUCAGUUAGCAGCUUCGUUUCUGAAGCUGCAUCGGAUAGAUCAGCUCCAAUCGAACGGUCCACAUUUGAUCUUGUAGAAAAGAUGCAUUAUCUCUUCGUUCGAGUUGUUAAAGCUCGAUCGCUUCCGACCGUCGGCAGCCCCGUCGUAAAAAUUGCUGUUUCCGGCAGCCACGUUGUAUCGAAGCCAGCCCGGAAAACGGUUUUGUUUGAGUGGGACCAAACUUUUGCUUUCGGCCGAGACGCACCUGAUUCCUCAUCCCUCUUGGAAGUCUCAGUGUGGGACCCAUUGAGUGCCAAGUCAUUCGACCCCACGUCCGACGUGGCAGGGCAUGUCUUCUUAGGUGGCAUUUGCUUUGAUGUGAGUGAGAUCCCUUUACGAGACCCACCUGAUAGUCCUUUGGCUCCUCAAUGGUAUAGGCUUGAAGGAGGUGGGGCCCAUAGAGGUGAUCUAAUGCUUGCCACGUGGGUUGGGACUCAAGCUGACGAAUCAUUCCCUGAAGCAUGGAAGACUGACACAGCGGGUAAUCCUAGUUCUAAAUCAAAGGUAUAUCAAUCUCCUAAAUUAUGGUACUUGAGAUCAUCAGUCAUAGAGGCACAAGAUAUUUCUCAAUUGACACAUUCAAAAGAGUCAUCAUAUCAGAUUAAGGCCCAAUUAGGAUUCCAAGUUCAAAAGACGAAACUCAUCACUACAACUACUGGGUCUCCAUCUUGGAAUGAAGACUUAGUAUUUGUAGCAGCUGAGCCAUUUACUGAACAUUACUUGCUAAUUUUCCUAAUAGAAACCAGGCAUCCGAAAGAGCAAACCGUUCUCGCAGUUUCUAGCAUACCACUCACCACAAUUGAGCGCCGAGUCGAUGACCGUAAGGUGGCGUCGAGAUGGUUUACAUUUGAAGAUCCUAAUGAAGAGAAGAGAGUUUACAAAGGCAGAGUACACUUACGCCUUUGUUUCGACGGUGGAUAUCAUGUGAUGGACGAAGCAGCUCAUGUUUGUAGCGAUUAUCGUCCAACUGCAAGGCAACUCUGGAAACAACCAAUUGGGACUGUUGAAUUGGGAAUUAUUGGAUGCAAGAAUUUGUUGCCCAUGAAAACAAUCGAAGGAAAAGGAUCUACGGAUGCCUAUGCAGUAGCUAAGUAUGGGAGCAAGUGGGUACGUACUCGUACUAUAUCUGAUAGUUUAGAACCUAGGUGGAAUGAGCAGUACACUUGGAGAGUUUAUGAUCCAUCCACUGUGUUGACAAUUGGAGUGUUUGAUUGUUGGGAAGUAUUCGAAUCAGAUGGCUGCAAAGAGUCCAUGAGGCCAGAUUUUCGGAUUGGUAAGGUGCGUGUACGUAUUUCUACACUGACGACAGGUAAAGUGUAUAAGAAUACUUUCCCGUUACUUUUGUUGUCACCAGCUGGUUUGAAGAAAAUGGGGGAGAUUGAAUUAGCAGUGAGAUUCAUACGUGCUACACCAACACUUGAUUUCUUACAUGUCUAUUCACAACCUUUGUUGCCCAUGAUGCAUCAUGUGAAGCCUCUUGGCAUGGUUCAACAAGAGAGUUUAAGGACUGCAGCUGUUAAAAUAGUAGCAAGUCACUUGACACGGUCCGAGCCGCCUCUUAGGCGUGAGGUUGUGACUUACAUGCUUGAUGCGGAUUCACAUUCAUUUAGCAUGCGUAAAGUUCGUGCUAAUUGGUUUAGAAUCAUCAAUGUGAUCGCUGGAGUAAUUGACAUUGUCAAAUGGAUAGAUGACACUCGUGGUUGGAAAAAUCCAACUGCUACUUUACUUGUGCAUGCACUUUUGGUAAUGCUUGUGUGGUUCCCUGACUUGAUCAUCCCCACAUUCGCAUUCUAUGUAUUUGUGAUCGGUGCAUGGAAUUACAGAUUCAGAUCACGGGACACUUUACCCCACUUUGAUCCAAAGAUCUCAUUGGCAGAAUCACUUGAUCGCGAUGAGCUUGACGAGGAGUUUGAUGUAUUGCCUUGUACUAGACCAAAUGAAUUGGUACGAGCCAGAUAUGAUAAAUUACGCAUGCUUGGUGCACGGGUUCAGACAAUCUUGGGCGACUUUGCAACGCAAGGGGAGCGAGUGCAAGCAUUGGUAACUUGGCGUGACCCUCGAGCCACAGGGAUAUUUAUUGGGCUGUGCUUUGUGGUGGCAUUCAUUUUGUACUUGGUACCAUCUAAAAUGGUGGCUAUGGCCUUCGGUUUCUACUAUCUUCGCCAUCCCAUCUUCAGGGAUAGAAUGCCUUCACCAGCAUUGAAUUUCUUUAGAAGGCUGCCUUCACUUUCGGACCGAAUGCUCUAGUUCAAUUUAUUAGUUUAGCAUGUAUGGAAGGACAAUGCACUAAAUUUGCUGGAGUUACAGGGGCCACAAUUGAUAUAUUACUUCUGAUUUGUGUUGCAUAUGGUAUUGAGUACAAUUUUCUUUUCGAUCUUCUUUGUUACUAUAUGUAUAUCAACAUAAUUAAAUAAUAUGAAGGUUGUAUAUCUAUGUUCUUAA